CCCGGAGUUUGAACGAGAGUCACGCACCACUAUCAUCUACACUCUUUACUUGGACGGUAUUAAAAUUGUAUUAUAGUAAAUUUCGCUGGAAUUAAAGGUCCUCGACUAUUUGUUUUGCUGAGAACUUUGAAUUCAACUCCUUUCACGCUUCCCGAUUUACAUUCACCAUGGCACCAAACAGAGGAGCUUCCUCCUCUAAGCAAUCGAACAAAUCUGCCUCCAAAAAGUCCUCUUCCUCAUCUACCCUGGCAUCGAAAUCUCGAGUUUCAAAAUCCUCUGCAAACAAGAACGCUAAACGUCCACCCCCAAAAGAAGUUAAAACCAAAGCCCGGACGGAGAAAGCCCUCCAGAAAAAGACGAAGAAGCGGGAGUAUACGGAGAAGGAAUUGAAUUUGCCCGCGCUCAAUAUGAUUACACCCGUCGGUGUGCAGAAACCAAGAGGGAAGAAGAAAGGGAAGGUUUUUGUGGAUGAUCAAGAGAGUAUGAUGACUAUUCUAGCAAUGGUUAACGCUGAAAAGGAAGGUCAGAUUGAAUCGAAGAUUAUGAAAGCGAGACAGAUGGAAGAAAUCCGUGAAGCCAGAAGGAAAGAAGCAGAGGCGAGACAAGAACAGAGGAAAUUCAAAUAUGAAGAAACUAAGGAAUUAUUGAAACGGAAGCGGAAAAACGGCGGAAAAGAGCAACAAGCAAAGAAAGAUAAUGAUCAGUCAACUACACCUCCGAAAAAGCCGAAUAAGAAACGCGUUGCUUUCGCCUGAAUAAAAUUGGUUCUAUAAUUCAUUAAUCUAUAAAUCUCAGGGAACGUGACCCGGGAGUAAAAUCAUCUAUCUAUCGACGGACAUUCAAGUCGUGAGACCAAGUAUUUAUAUUGAAAACAACAACAGACGCGCUAGAUGCAUGCUAGCCAACCUCACAAUCCGACUGUGGAUGGGCCGGAAUACUCAAGAUUCGCGCCGAAAGUGGCUUGCACUUCAGAUGAAACGAUGUGGAAAUCUUCGGAUAUGAGAAGGGUCUAUUCAUCGUCUUCGUUGACUAGAGGCAUUUUGCAUUUCCGCCGCAUGGGCUGAAAGUUAGGAGUUGGCCCAUACAGCUCUCCGGCGGGAUUGGCGGGGAUGCGCUGCGCUGCAGGAGUAGUAUCCUCUACUUUGAGUGGUGAUUCAAGGUCGAUCUCGGUGGCCAGUUUGUUUAGGAACCCGGUGACCUAAGGGACAUUUGUUAGCAGAAAGCACGCUUAAAUCAAACACUAUUGAUGACACAGUCGCGAAGUCGUAAAAAUACAAAAAAGUUUUCAAUUGG